AUGGCAUCCAAGAAACUCCUCGUCGUCUUCGGGGCAACAGGUAACCAAGGCGGAUCGGUACUUACCACCGUUUUGAAGGACUCUGUGCUUUCCGAACAAUUUAAGCUCCGGGGUAUCACCAGGGAUCCCAGUAAAGCGUCUGCGGCUACUUGGACAGCGAAAGGGGUUCAGAUGGUCAAGGGUGAUCUCGAAGAUAAAGAAUCUUUGAGAGCAGCGAUUAAGGAUGCGUAUGCUGUGUUCGCUGUCACGAAUUGGCAGGAGGUGUUGGAUAAGGAGCGAGAGAUUCAGCAGGGAAAAAAUAUAGCUGACGUUUGCAAGGAACUUAACGUCCAACAUCUCAUCUGGAGUUCUCUCCCCAACGUCACCAAAAUCACAAAUGGCACUAACACAGGCGUCCUCCACUUCGACAGCAAAGCCACCGUCGAAGAAUACAUGAAAUCGAUCGGCAUCCCAUCCACAUUCCUCCUCCUCGGCAUCUUCAUGCACUACACCCUCCUCUUGCUGACGCCCCUCCCCGGCAUACCCCAUUCCCACACCCUCAAACUGCCCACGCCAACUACCUCCACCUGGCCCCUAAUCUCGUGCUCCGUCGACGUAGGCAAGUACGUUAAGUCGAUCCUCUUAAACCGGGAUUCGAUGCUCGGCCGCCAGAUCCUGGCUGGCGAACGCGAAUAUACCGUUGAGGAAACGGCGGAGGUGUUGAGGAAGGUGGGAGGGCUUGAUGUGAGGGCUGAGCAGGUUACGGAAGGGGAGUAUAGGAAGUUGUUGGAGGAGAAGGGGUGGCCGGCGUUCUUGAGGGAUGAUAUGGUGGCUAAUAUUGGGUUUAUUGAGGAGUGGGGGUUCUUUGGGGGAGAGGGGGUUGAGAGGGAUCAUGGGAUAUUGACGGAGAAGCUGGAGACGUUCGAAGAAUGGGUUGCGGGGAGCAAGGAGGUUGUUGCUAUGAAUAUCCACCAAAUUUCCACGAUCCGAAGUGUUAUGGCUCCUCCAACCCCACUUCCAUUUUCUGCGGAAUUUGAGAGUGUAGAUGACUACGUUGACUCUUUACUCCUAUACUGCGGCGCAUCCACUGUUUUCCAGACUCUUUGCGGCGGCGUCCAUAUCCUAGACUUUUUCACUCGAGAGCCAAGUCUUUACCAUACCGCUAUCCCAGAAGAAUGGCGAGACUGGCUCAUGGCACGUGAGUCAAUGGACCUGCUCGACUUCUUGAUGCGAGACGAUUUGAACCAGCCUCGAGAUGACUCUCCUCCUGAGAGCCUCCUCAAAUACAUUAGAGAGAUUCGAAAGUACUCACUUCAAAGGAAUGUGUCAUCGAAGCAAGGAAAAGGCACUAAGUUACCACGACAUAUUGCAGUGGGCAUGAUCCCGAAAAAGAUUCACGAGGUGGGCAAUUUCGCCAACUAUGUCGUCCGGGUCGCGGAUGAUGUGUCCUCACGCUCUGGGAAGGAGAUUACUCAUUUUGUGGAUUUUGGCAGUGGGCAAAAUUAUCUUGGUCGUACAUUGGCUAGUCCGCCGUACAAUAAACAUAUUGUUGCCGUCGAGAGCAAGGAGCUGAAUAUCAAUGGAGCGAAGAGUAUGGAUGUUCUUGCUGGUGUUGCUGAGCGAGAGAAAGUUAUGAGAAACAAGAAGCUGUAUAGAUUGCAGCAGGACAGCAUUACUCCGCAGGACAAGCUGAAAGAAAAGGCUUUGCGCAGGAAUGCAAAGCCGCAGAAGCCGCCUACUGACCCGGAUGCUGUUGAUAUGAGGCCUAGUAGGGAUCUUGCUACGAUUUACACACCUGCUGAUGGGAAGGGGUAUAUUCAGUAUGUUGAGCACGUUGUUCAAGACGGAGAUCUUUCAAAUGUCGUGGAGCAAAUCGAGCAGAUGAAGAUUGCCGCUCCUGUAGGCAAUCUUCAGGUCGUCAACGGCGACCCCGAAAAGACACAGCUACCUGAGAUUAUUGAUGAGAUAUCGAAGACUGAAGAUACACGACUUAUGGCGAUAUCCAUACACUCUUGUGGUAAUCUAUCUCAUCAUGGCAUCCGCUCUCUCCUCCUCAACCCAUCAGUCAAGGCCAUUGCGAUCGUAGGCUGUUGUUACAACCUCAUGACCGAACGACUCGGACCUCCAACGUACAAGCUUCCCAGAUUACGUCCCAAUCAACGUGCUAUAAACGCACCUCGAUUGACGAAAGAAGCCGCAGCCUGCGAUCCCCACGGCUUUCCCAUGAGCAGACGAGUCUCAACCUAUAAUGGCGACGGAGUCAGACUAAACAUCACUGCUCGAAUGAUGGCUGUUCAAGCACCACAAAACUGGACGGAGAAAGAAAGUGACGCGUUCUUUACGAGGCAUUUCUAUCGUGCUUUAUUGCAGAAAGUAUUCCUCGAUCGAGGUGUGGUUUCAAAGAUGAAGCAAGAGGACGAUACUGAAGACGGCAGUGGAUUGGAGAGCACGGAACCGGUCAUAAUCGGAUCAUUACGAAAAGGCUGCUAUGGCUCUUUUCGAAAUUACGUUCGUGGUGCACUAGAGAAGUUGAAUGCAGAUCCUGAGCGCAGUAAGAUGGUUGGGGAAAAGAUGGCCGAUAUGACGGACGAGGAAAUCGACGAGUAUUCGAGGCGGUAUGAAGGCUUGAAGAAGGAGUUGAGCGUUACGUGGUCUCUGAUGGCUUUCAGCGCUGGUGUGGUGGAGAGUCUGAUUGUGGUUGAUCGGUGGUUGUUCUUGAGGGAGCAUAGUGACGCUGUGGAGGAUUGUUGGGUUGAAGCUGUUUUUGAUUAUCAGCUUAGUCCUAGGAAUUUGGUCGUUGUUGGGAUUAAACGAUAA